GCUGAAAUUCAUCCAGAAACUACUUAUCAGAUCUAUGAUUAACAUUCCAUUAGAGGCUAAUCAUGUCGCAGGCACUUAAAAGAGUCUUCGUCUAUGGCACCUUGAAGAAAGGCGAACCGAAUCACCAUUGGUUAACCAGCGAAAAAAAUGGCUUCUCUCGGUUGCUAGCCAAGGGCAAAACAGAGAUUAAAUUUCCCCUGGUUAUUGGCACACGUUACAAUAUUCCAUUUCUGCUAAAUAAGCCAGGUGUGGGUCACAAUAUUGAAGGUGAGAUUUACGAGGUGGACGAUACAAUGUUCUCAAAUUUGGACGUGCUAGAGGAUUAUCCCAGAUACUACGAUCGUGAGCUGCAAUCGAUAUUGACAAAUGAAAAUGAAAAAUUGGAGUGCUGGCUCUAUCUGAUACGCAACUAUCCGGAGAGUAUGUUGGCCAAACCCCAGCUCAGCUCAUAUAGCAAUCGGCCCGAGCAGCCGUAUAGUGAGAAGUCAGUCAGAGAUCCGAAAAUCGCAGCCAGAUAUGAUUUAUCCUAUUGAAUAUAUAACAUUU